AUGGUGGUAGUGGUAGCAGCAGCUACAGCAGCAGAAGCUCUGGUCACUUGGACCCAAAGGGGCACUCGGGGCGAGGCAGGAAGGUCUGCGGUCCACUCGCGACUUUUCUUUGCCCUCGCCUGGCUCAGGCGUCCCCAGGCCCGCGCGCGGAGCCUCCGCCUGCCGCGGGGCGACCUGCCGGGUGCGGACAAUCAGACCCUGAGGCGCACGCCCCGCCGCGUGCGCUCGGCACCGGCUCGCGGCCCCUGCAAUCUGAGCACCGGCCGCCCGCAGGUGCUUCACCUGUCGGCAUCACAGAACCCCUACAGCAACCCAGUGUAG